AUCUCUUUCCUCUCGCCUGUGCAUAGGUGCUGGUCUACUCCGAGGGGCUUCACGGCAAAUGGAUGUUCAGCGAGAUCCGAGCGGUGUUCACCAGACGCUUCCUGCUUCAGAACACAGCGCUGGAGAUCUUCAUGGCCAACAGAACCUCCGUCAUGUUUAACUUCCCCGAUCAGCCCACAGUGAAGAAGGUGGUCUACAGUCUUCCUUGCGUUGGCGUCGGCACAAGUUACGGUCUUCCACAGGCCAGGCGGAUUUCUUUGGCCAGCCCUCGUCAGCUCUUCAAGUCGUCUAAUAUGACUCAGCGCUGGCAAAGACGGGAGAUCUCCAACUUUGAGUACCUGAUGUUUCUCAAUACCAUUGCAGGAAGGACAUACAAUGAUCUGAACCAGUAUCCUGUUUUCCCAUGGGUCCUCACAAACUAUGAGUCAGAAGAGCUGGACCUCACAGUUCCCAGCAACUUCAGGGAUCUUUCAAAACCAAUCGGAGCGCUGAACCCAAAGCGUGCUGUAUUCUACGCCGACCGCUAUGAAUCAUGGGAUGAGGAAACUCCACCCUGCCACUACACAACCCACUAUUCCACCGCAGCCUCCACCCUCCACUGGCUUGUUCGAAUCGAGCCUUUCACUACAUUCUUCCUGAACGCCAAUGGCAACAAGUUUGAUCACCCAAACCGCACUUUCUCCGGCAUCGCCCGCUCGUGGAGGCACUGCCAGCGUGAUACUGCAGAUGUGAAGGUGCAACAUUACUAUCUGCAACUGAGUGGGAUGAGGCAGUCGUGCCCGGUGACAGCUCUCCAGGAGGGUGUCAUUAGGGCGAACGGUGUAAAGCUGAAGAGUCUGAGUGUGAUUGACUUGUCAGCCCAUUAUGAGGCUGUAGAGGAAUUAUUGGCUCACGAGCAGAGCAGUCUAGAGGACGUGGAUCAUGACGCUAGCUGCCCAGACUGUUCGCGACUGAGAGUUGAUCCUGAGUUCUACUACCUGCCGGAGAUGUUUGUGAACAAUAAUGGCUACUGUCUGGGUGACAGGGAUGACGGUGUCCCUGUUUGUGAUGUAGAACUACCAGCCUGGGCAAAGAAACCUGAGGACUUCGUCAGGAUCAACAGGAUGGCCCUGGAAAGCGAGUUUGUGUCGUGUCAGCUGCACCAGUGGAUUGACCUUAUUUUUGGCUACAAACAACGUGGGCCCGAGGCGGCACGCGCCCUCAAUGUCUUUCACCACCUGACCUACGAGGGCUCCGUCAACCUCGACAGCCUCGCCAGUGACCCCCGAUGCGCGAG